CAGAGUGAGACAGUUGUCGGUCACGCGGUGUUCAUGCUAAUGAUACUUGUGAUGUUUUGACGCCGGUGUGAGUGAGCGACAAGAACACACAUUUCCCGUUCCGCUUAAAACGCGGCUCUGCUCCGAGUCCCGACGACGUCGUUCCGUUCUCGACAUCCACCAUGAGCCUCCGUUGCUUUUCAUUGUCGUAAUUACGCAUGGAGAACUCCGAGGGCGGCACGUCGUCGGAGGCCGACGGUGACACGCCGCAAACGUCAUCUUGCCCGAACCGAGCAUCCGACCCGGCGCGGCCUUCAUCUUCCGAGCAGCGUGAGGCCAGGAGACUGCGUGAAGCCAAGCAGCAGCAGCAUCAACAAGAACGGCGGCGGCGGCGACGGCGGGGGGAGGGACAGGAACAGCUGCUCCGAGAGACUGCGCGCCGGAGGUUGCCGGGCCAACGCGAGCACUCGGAGGCGUGCGGCUCAGUGAGCGACGCAGCGGAAAGUUCGCCUAAGAGGAGAGCUCACUUCCUUCAUGGACCCUAUCCAGCCACUCACUUUGGACCCAAAGCCUGCAUUCUUCCCAACCCCACUUCAGUCAUGCACAUCCAAGACCCUUCAAGCCAGCGUCUCACCUGGAAUAAACCUCCCGUCAACGUCCUGGUCAUCAGGAAGAUUCGAGACGAGACCCUGGCGGAGCCUUUCAAAGAGUUGUGUCGCUUUCUAGUGGAGGAGAAGCAAAUGAUGGUGUACGUGGAGCGGCGCGUGGCCGACGACGGGACACUGUCCAAGGACGAAAACUUUGGCUCCAUCCGAAACCAGCUGUGCACGUUUAGAGAGGGCUACGACGACAUCUCGGACUGCAUCGAUCUGAUCAUCUGCCUGGGCGGGGACGGCACGCUGCUCUACGCCUCUUCUCUCUUCCAGGGCAGCGUUCCCCCGGUGAUGGCGUUCCACCUGGGCUCCCUGGGCUUCCUGACGCCCUUUAAGUUUGAAUCGUACAAGACCGAAGUGGACAAAGUCUUUGAAGGUAACGCGGCUAUCACCUUGCGGAGUCGGCUGAAGGUGAAAGUGGUGAAGGACAUGUUCCUACCGCAGCUGCAGCAGCGGGAACAGGAACAGGAAGUCAACGGGCUCGUUCCUCACCGUUACACCAACAGCGAAGCGGGCAAGGUCACCCUGCAGCUUCAGGUUCUGAACGAGGUGGUGGUGGACCGCGGGCCUUCGUCCUACCUGUCCAAUGUGGACUUAUACCUGGACGGGCGUCUCAUCACCUCCGUGCAAGGCGACGGCGUGAUCGUCUCUACGCCAACGGGCAGCACGGCGUAUGCGGCGGCGGCGGGGGCGUCCAUGAUCCACCCCAACGUGCCGGCCAUCAUGGUGACGCCCAUCUGCCCACACUCGCUCUCCUUCAGACCCAUUGUGGUGCCCGCCGGAGUGGAGCUCAUGAUUACCUUAUCUCCUGACGCCAGGAAUACAGCCUGGGUGUCGUUCGAUGGCCGGAAGAGACAAGAGAUCCAGCAUGGCGACUGCAUCAAGAUCACAACGUCAUGCUUCCCCGUGCCAUCCAUCUGCUGCCACGACCUGGUGUACGACUGGUUCGAGAGCCUGGCGCAGUGUCUGCACUGGAACGUGCGCAAGCAGCAGACGCGCCUCACUGAGGCGUCUGACACGUCGGACACGGAGAACUGACCCUGUCCCACACCACGCACGCCUUCCUCUACUCACCCACACCCCCCAUGUCAUUGCAGAUCCUGAGCCAGCUGCCGCAUCUGUGACGGUAAUCACCCCCCAUUGCGUCCUCUUUUUUACAUUCCACACUGUGUUGAAUUCAGAGAAAAAUCAGUGUAUAUAUUUGUACAAAUUAUAUUAUAGUUCCUAGUUAUUUCAUAUCGUAUUUAUAUAUUUUCAGAGUCACACACCACCAAAUAGAGCAAUAGAGCAGUGUUUCCCCAAUAUUUCUCGAGCCAUCGGAAAUAUUUUCCUGGGAAUACGCUUGACGCCAGUGAUAUGCAAAACAGGAUUGAUGAAUUAAACCUAACAACACAGAUUCCACUAGAUGGCGCUAAACUAACACUUCAGUUGCAGCUAAUAGCCCAUAUGCUCAGCUUCAGCGAAUACUUAAGAAUUGGGUCCCCCCAAAAACAUGGACAUUUGAAUUAGUUUAUCGUGACAAAUGGCUCUGAAGAUUCCGAACCCAAGCUUAGGGACUCAGCACAUCAAACGUUAGCUGGCAGCCCAAAUUGGCGGUUAAAAAUAAAGCAACAAAAUAAAGAUGGAACACAUACCAGUGCUUUCUAUGUUUUUAUUGCAAUAAGAUAUAUCCAGACAUCCAUUUUUUUUUUUUAUUAAAUUAUCCUCCAAUAUUGCAUGAGAAUCAAAUGUGAACAACUGUCGGCGGUCAGAGGACACAAGAGAGAGCAUUGACAUCCACAACUUUCCACUCGCCCGCUGUAAUGUGCGAUAAGUCAUUUUUAUGUCAUAUAUAGACCAUAUUGUACAAGAGCAAGUGGAGGGAGACAAAAGAUGACUACAUGAAAUGGGAAAUAGUAAAAAAGAAUAGUGAGUGAAAUAAAUUAAAAGGGCAGGACGAAAAAGCAGCCGAUGGGGACAUUUCUACUGUUACGUUGACAGUCAUAUAAAAACUAAAUAAACACAGUGGCAGGGAGAGGAAUAUUUAUAUAUCUAUAUAUAUAUAUUUAAAACCUCCUAAUGGAGAAGACGCAAAGAGGCAGUUACAUGGACUGCAAACACGGUAUGCAUAAUUAUAGCUCAUAGAUCCAAAUACUACCAAGGAGUGGGAGAGACACACCGAAUAACUAAAUAAUGACACCGUUACUUUGUCUCUGAGAAUUUUUUUUUUCCAGGAAACGAAAGAUGCUUAAACCUAAUC